AUGUACGUUGCCGUGCUGACCCAGACCUCGAAGCGUGACUUUCUGCGGUCGCUCGAACAAAAGUACCAGAAGGAGUGGCAGGACCACCAUGUCUUUGACGUGGACGCGCCGACGAACGAUGCCGAGCUGAAGGAUAUGUCGCCGGAGGAGAUCCGGGCAAAGUACCCCAAGUUCUUUGCGACGAUCCCCUACGCUUACAUGAACGGCUCGUUGCACCUCGGACACGCCUUUACCCUGUCCAAGGUCGAGUUCGCCACGGGCUACGAGCGCAUGUGCGGCAAGCGCGCGCUCUUCCCAUGGGCGUUCCACUGCACCGGUAUGCCGAUCCGCGCGGCGGCCGACAAGCUCAUCCGCGAGAUUGAGAUCUUUGGCGAGGACUUUGCCAAGUACGACGCCGAGCAGGAGAUCGAGGCCAAGAAGGAGGCGGAAGAGUCCCAGCGCGCGGACAAGGCGACCAAGGGCAAACUCGCAGGCAAAAACACCGGCCUCAAGUACCAGUUCCAGAUCAUGGAGAACUCGGGCGUGCCGCGCGAGGAGAUCAAGCUGUUUGCCGACCCGGUGCAUUGGCUGCGCUAUUUCCCCCCGAUUGCCAAGCGCGACUGCAACGAGUUUGGCCUGCGCAUCGACUGGCGCCGCGCGUUCAUCACCACGGACGUGAACCCCUACUACGACUCGUUUGUGCGCUGGCAGAUUAACAAGCUGCACCGCAUGAACAAGAUCAAGUUCGGCGAGCGCUACACCAUCUUCUCGCCCAAGGACGGCCAGCCGUGCAUGGACCACGACCGCUCGGAGGGCGAGGGUCUCGGCCCUCAGGAGUACACCGGCCUCAAGAUGGAGGUCGUGCAGUGGAGCAAGGACGCUGCGCCGCUCCUCGACGAAAAGCUGCAGGGCAAGCGCGUCUUUUUCGUCGCUGCGACGCUCCGUCCCGAGACUAUGUACGGCCAGACGAACUGCUACGUGGGCCCCAAGAUCGAGUACGGCGCGUUUGCAAUCAACGACACGGACGUGUUCAUCUGCACGGAGCGCGCCGCGCGCAACUUUGCCUACCAGACGAUCGUGUCCGACCGCGGCAAGGUCGACUGCCUCGGCAAGGUGCCGGGCUCGGCACUGAUCGGCACGCGCAUCAAGGCGCCGUACGGCGAGCACAGCGAGGUGUACGUCCUGCCCAUGGACUCGGUGCUGCCGACCAAGGGUACCGGCGUCGUGACCAGUGUCCCGUCCGACUCACCGGACGACUGGGCGAACCUGAUGGAGCUGCGCAAGAAGGCGGAGUUCUACAAGGUCGACCCCCAGUGGCUCACCUUUGACCCGAUCCCUGUCAUCCAGGCGCCGGGCUUUUCGCCGAUGAUCGCCGAGGAUCUCGUGAAGCAGUUCAAGGUCCAGAGCCCGAAGGACAAAAACGCGCUCGCCGAGGCUAAGGACGUGUCGUACAAGCAGGGCUUCUACAACGGCAAGAUGCUCGUCGGCAAGUACAAGGGCGAGUCGGUCCAAGAUGCCAAGCCCAAGGUGCAGGCAGACAUGAUCGCCGAAGGCCUCGCCUUUGCGUACGCCGAGCCCGAGGGCAAGAUCAUCUCGCGCAGCGCCGACGAGUGCGUCGUCGCGCUCUGCGACCAGUGGUACCUCGACUACGGUGAGGAGGAGUGGAAGAAGCAGGCGGAGAAGCUGCUCGCGCAGAUGAACACCUUCCAGCCCGAGACGCGCAACUCAUUCGAGGGCGUGCUCGCGUGGCUGCACCAGUGGGCGUGCGCGCGCUCCUACGGUCUGGGCUCCAAGCUGCCUUGGGACCCCCAGUUCCUGGUCGAGAGUCUGAGUGACUCGACGAUCUACAUGGCCUACUACACCGUCGCCUACCAGCUCCAGGGCGGUUUCGAGGACGGCAGCAAGACCGGUCCGCUGGGCAUCACCCCCGAGCAGCUCACCGACGAGGUCUGGGACUACAUCCUGAGCGACGGCCCCUGGCCCGAGAACGCCGGCUUCGAAAAGGCCAAGGCCGACCAGCUCCAGCGCGAGUUCCGCUACUUCUACCCGAUGGACCUCCGCUCGUCGGGCAAGGACCUGAUCAACAACCACCUGACCUUCUGCAUCUACAACCACGCCGCCCUCUUCCCCGAGGAGCAGUGGCCCAAGGCGAUGCGCGCAAACGGUCACCUGAUGCUUAACGGCGCCAAGAUGUCCAAGAGCACGGGCAACUCGCUCUCUUUGCGCCAGUCCGUCGAGAAGUUCGGUGCGGAUGCCUCGCGUGUGUCGCUCGCCGACGCGGGUGACGGUAUCGAGGACGCCAACUUUGAGGAGAAGACCGCCAACGCCAACAUCCUCCGCUUCCACACGCUCAUCGACUGGUGCGCAGACAUGAUGGAGGCGAUCAAGGCCGGCAAGCUGCGCACCGGCGCCACCGACUCGUUCUGGGACAAGACCUUUGCCAACGAGAUCAACACGGCGAUUGCCACCACCAAGGACGCCUACGACCGCUCCGCCUACAAGGAGGUCACCAAAAUGGGCUUCUACGAGCUCCAGUCGUCGCGUGACCUGUACCGCGAGGCCACCGCCGACAUUGGUAUGCACGCCGAUCUCAUCGCGCACUGGAUCAAGACGCAGGCGCUGCUGAUUGCGCCGAUUGCGCCUCACUUUGCCGAGCACGUCUGGAAGGGCAUCCUUGGCAACGAGUCCACUGUGCACAAUGCCGCCUUCCCCACGGCCCAGCCCGAGGACGCGGCAAUGACCGCGGCUGCUGCUUACGUCCGCGGCACGAUCAAGACGAUCCGUGACGCGGAAAUCGCCGUGACCCGCAAGAAGGUCAAGGGCGCCGCGCCGCAGGCCAAGUACGACGAGCGCAAGCCCAAGGAGGUGUCCAUCUUUGUCGCCGACGAGUUCCCGGCGUGGCAGGACACCUGCGUGCAGGCGGUGCAGAAGCACUACGACGCUGCCACCGGCAAGGUCGACGACGCCAAGGUGCGCGAGGAGAUUGCUGCUGCCGGCCUGCUCAAGGACAAGAAGGCGAUGCCUUUCGUGAUGGCGUUCAAGAAGCGCAUCGCCGAGUUCGGCGCCGAGAUGGCCUUCAACCGCCAGCUGCCUUUCAACGAGAAGGAGACGCUCGCGGCCUCGAGCGGCUAUCUGAAGAAGACGCUCAAUUUCCGCGCCGUGCAUAUCGAGAGCGCCAAAGACGCACUCGCACACGCGGACGAACUCCAGGGCAAGCACGGAUUUGACCGUACAGUCGUCGAGGGCGCCGAACCGGGUACGCCUUCGUUUGCUUUCUACAACGUCGAGUAG